CCCCAAUCAACCAGGUAACGUGGCUCAAGAACGGCGCUGUCCUACGUCCCGGGGCGAGGGUAAGGAUGCCUGAUGGACGUGGGCGUGUGUUGAAGAUCGAAGGCGUGGGUAAGGGGCGCGUGUACCAGUGCCGGGCAGAGGGUCACCACGACUCAGCUCUUGGGACCUCUGUGUUGACGCUGGGAGACACCUUACCUGUGCUCAAGUACCAGUUCAUCGAGCAGACCUUACAGCCUGGGCCUUCUGUGAGCCUCAAGUGUAUAGCAUCAGGUAGUCCCACGCCCUCUGUUAGCUGGACUCUGGAUGGCUUCCCCGUCAAACAUUCGGACAGGUUGAUGUUAGACAGUACGUCAGUGUAGAUGGUGACGUCAUCUCACGCGUCAAUGUUACCAACGUGGCGGCAGUGGAUUUGGAGGCCUUUAUCGCUGCACUGCUACCAACGCCGUGGGUAAUGUUGACCAUGCCGCCCGCCUCAACGUCUACGGUGUGCCGGUGGUUCGACCAAUGGGAGACAUCAGCGCCGUGGCCGGGGAGAGGCUAGUACUCACCUGUCCUGUGGGAGGCUACCCCAUACACUCUCGUACCUGGUUCAAAGAAGGCGCCCAGCUACCAGUGAGUCGUCGUCAGGUAGUACACCCAAACGGCUCCUUGGUGAUAGAUAAUGUACAGAGGGUCACUGAUGCUGGCACCUACUCCUGUACGGCUUCUGCCAGGCACGGUGACAAGAGUACGCAGGCCGUGCAAGUGAAGGUUCUAGUGCCACCCAGGAUAGGACCUUUUACCUUCCGGGAGAACGCAGCCGCCGGCAUCCGUGUUUCGGUGAGUUGCAGUCUCGAGCAGGGCGACUUACCAGUCACUAUCCGCUGGCUAAAAGACGGCGAGUUGCUCACCUCUGACCCCCAGGGCGCCCUCGACCCCCACAGGCAGGGGUCACUGGCUCGCCUGGGUCUGAAGGUCCGCUUCCUGGAUGCCUACUCGAGCCAGCUGGUGAUCCCCAACCUGAGCGCCGCCCACGCUGGCAACUACACCUGCCAGGCGACCAAUGCCGCCCGCACCGUCACCUACACCGCCCCUCUCACAGUCAGCGUUCCUCCACGCUGGGUGUCGGAGCCGGAGGACCAGAGUGUGCCCAGGGGAGGAAACGCCCUUAUACACUGUCAGACAGAGGGCUUCCCACCACCCAAAGUCCUCUGGAGGAAGGCCCACGGUACCUCUCCUGGGGUCUACCGUGACCUCCUGGGUACAAGCGGCGUCCAACAGCUAACCAACGGCUCGCUACUCUUGUCCCAGGUGACCAAGGACUCCGAGGGACGUUACCUGUGUGAAGCGACCAACGGUAUAGGCGCAGGACUCAGCAAGGUCGUCCAGUUGUCUGUGAAUGCUCCCCCGCGGUUCAGUCUCCAGGGCACGAACGUCAGUGUGGGCACGGGAAGUCUUGCUAUGUUGAGGUGCCCCGUGACAGGUGACCAGCCCAUGAAACUUUCCUGGCAUAAAGACGGCAGGCUUGUCAUGCCCUCCGAGUCCUACAGGCACGAACUGAGAGAGAGCACGUCGGGAGGUGUGGGGCGGAGGGCGUGUGUGGGGAGGAAGAGCGGGUGUUGGAGUUGGUAGUGACGGGCGUGACACGAGAUGACGGAUGACAGUACGUAUGCACGGCUGAGAACGCCCACGGUCACGCCUCCACCACGGUCACCCUC